GUCUUUAAUUUAGUUCUUUCAUGCGAUUCCCUGGUUGAAUUAAGUUAAGAAUAUAAAGCUCGAGUCUCGAGGCCCCCCUCCACCUGUAUAUAAACCUUCCCCGCUCACCACCAGUAUUUCAGCCUAUUUUCCUCCAACUUCACUACUCUAUUUCAUUGUUAUAGCUACGUACUUAAUAAGGGUAAUAUUUCAAUUAUUUAUAUAUUAUUUUAUUAGAAUGGAAGUCGGGGUUGGGGACACUUUGGAACAGCCCAACUCAACCAACUGAUCGAUGGAGAACAUGAGCAGGCCAGGAGAUUGGAACUGCAGGUCGUGCCAGCACCUCAACUUUCAGAGGAGAGACUCCUGCCAGCGGUGCGGCGACCCCAGGCCGGGCGACAGAGGUGACUACGGGAGUUUCGGUGGAAGAGGGGGCUCGUCCUUCGGGUUCACCGGCCCGGACGUCAGGCCUGGGGACUGGUACUGCUCCGUAGGCAACUGCGGCGCCCACAACUUCCGCUCCAGCUGUUUCAAGUGCGGCGCGCUCAAGGACGACGGGGCUAGCGGUGGUGGUGGUGGCUUUGAUGGCGAGAUUUCACGAGCUCGUGGCUUUGGGUUCGGCGGCGGAAGCCGCUCUGGAUGGAAAUCCGGCGACUGGAUUUGCACCAGGUCGGGUUGCAACGAGCACAACUUCGCCAGCAGGAUGGAGUGCUUCAGGUGCAAUGCACCAAGGGAAUCCAGUGGCAAAUCUUCGUUUUGAUCGAUGCAUCAAGAUUCUCCAUUUUUGGCUUUUCAGGUCUACGAAUUAUAAGCCAUUGGAUGAAGAGAGAAUCAAAAGAUUUGAAGACGACUGUCAGUCCAAGAGAAAUGGAUGAUGAAUGCUUUUCGCCUCCUAUGACUACCUACUUCCAUUUCCCUGUUUUCUUUUCUUUUCUUUUUUUUUUUUUUUUGAUAUUUUAAUUUUGGUUUUGGAGUUUAGGAAGCAGUAGGUGAAUUAUGAUCGCAAAUUCAUGUUACGUAGAGCUGAAUCUUUCAUUCGUGAGCUUUUGAUUAGUACUGGUACCAGAUAUUUACUUUGUAUUUCUUCUAUGUUUGAGAUCUAAUUAAUAUCAAUGUGUGUCUGAGCAAUUUCUGUCCUAA